CCCCAAAUCCUCUUCCCCUUUCUCUCUCUACCCCUUCAAUGGCGGUCAACGACCUGAUACUUUAGCAGUACACCUCGUGACACCUUAUUCUCACUGAUAUUCCACUGUACAGUGGUUUUCCGAUCGAAGUUUUUUUGUGGUUGUCAAGUUUUCGUUAGGUUAUGGGCAGUAUGGGGGGAAGGCAAAGAACUUACAGCGCCAAUUCGGCUGAUUAUAAGCUUCUUGAAGAGAUUGGUUAUGGUGCUAGUGCCACUGUUUUUAGAGCGAUCUAUACUCCGUCUAAUGAAGUUGUCGCCAUCAAAUGUUUGGAUCUUGAUCGCUGCAAUAGUAAUUUUGAUGAUAUACGUAGGGAGGCUCAAACAAUGAGUUUGAUAGAUCAUCCUAACAUUGUAAGGGCUUAUUGUUCAUUUGUUGUUGAACGAGACCUUUGGGUUGUCAUGCCAUUCAUGGCAGAGGGUUCUUGUUUGCACCUAAUGAAGACAGCGUACUCAGAUGGCUUUGAAGAGGUUGCUAUUUGUUCUAUCCUGAAAGAGACUCUUAAAGCUUUGGAGUACCUUCAUCGCCAGGGACACAUACAUCGGGAUGUGAAGGCUGGAAAUAUACUACUUGAUAGUAAUGGGGCUGUGAAGCUUGCUGAUUUUGGUGUUUCAGCUUGCAUGUUUGAAACAGGCGAUAGACAGCGCGCCAGAAAUACCUUCACGGGAACCCCAUGCUGGAUGGCGCCGGAGGUAUUUCAACCAGGAACGGGUUAUGAUUCCAAGGCUGAUAUUUGGUCCUUUGGUAUUACAGCAUUGGAGUUGGCUCAUGGUCAUGCACCAUUUUCAAAAUAUCCUCCAAUGAAGGUGCUUCUUAUGACCAUACAAAAUGCUCCUCCUGGGCUGGAUUAUGAUAGAGAUAAAAGGUUCUCUAAGUCUUUUAAAGAAAUGGUUGCAAUGUGCCUGGUGAAAGAUCAAACGAAGAGGCCAACAGCUGAAAAACUUUUAAAGCACUCAUUUUUCAAGAAUGCAAAGCCUCCAGAGCUUUCUUUGAAGAAACUAUUCGCUAACUUGCCUCCACUUUCACAUCGUGUAAAGGACCUCCAGCUUAAAGAUGCUGCCCAGCUAGCCUUAAAAAAAAUGCCUUCAUCAGAGCAAGAAGCAUUAUCACAGAGUGAGUACCAGCGAGGAGUUAGUGCAUGGAACUUUGAUGUUGAGGAUUUGAAAGCCCAAGCUUCCCUGGUGAAUAAUGAUAUGGCAGAGAUGAAGGAAGAGGAGGAGAGUAUAAAUUCUUGUAGUGUUAAGGAUGCUUUUUGCCCUCAAUCUAGUUUGAGGAAUUUCAAUUCAUGUAAUGAAUCAUCUCAGGAUGAACAUGGAAUAGGGGCAAGUGGUCAGGGAUUGCCACAAGUGGAGUGCUUGAGCAAAAAGGGAAACUUUAUGGAAAAUGAUAUGCUGAAAGGUGGGUUGCCAGAAAAAACUGGAUGGAAUAGAAACGGAACGAGCACUGAAGCAGAAGCAUCUACCUCCGGCCAAGACAUUGUACAAGGCAAGCCCAAAACUCAAAUGCCAAAAGGUCGUCAAACUCAAAGUGGUCCAAUUCUGCCCGGUAUUGUGCUCAGUCAUUCUUUAUCAGAAAGAGUGCGAGGCUCUGAGAGGUUUGAUUCUGAAAUUCAACCAUCUGCUGAAAAAAAUCGUCGUGAGGCACGGCAAGCUCCAAGCUUCAGUGGUCCACUAAUGCUGCCAAACCGUGCUUCUGCAAACAGCCUAUCAGCUCCCAUAAAAUCUUCUGGAGGGUUUAGAGAUUCAAUGGAUGAAAAAUCCAAAGCUAAUCUUGUGCAAAUUAAGGGACGUUUUUCAGUGACAUCAGAGAACCUAGAUCUCGUAAAGGAUAUUCCAUUGAGCACAGUUUCACGUCGGUCUUCACAGAACUCGCCUCUACGAAAGUCGGCUAGUGUUGGUGAUUGGAUAUUUGAUUCCAAGCAGUCUGUCAGCCAACCCCCUAAGGAGUCUUGCAACACCAACUUGCCCACAUCAAUUCUUUUGCCUCAUCUCCAGAAUCUUUUCCAUCAGACCUCAAUUCAACAGGAUCUUAUAAUGAACUUAUUGAAUAGCUUGCAAACAGCAGACGUGGUUGAUGCUACUCAAAAUGGAAAGUUGCCUCCUUUGCCUCGAAACUCAGAGAACAAUGGAAUUGCUGAAACAGCAGCUGUUGAGAGAGAGCGUUUACUGAUGCGGAAAGUCUCUGAACUUCAAGCUAGAAUGACCCAUUUGACCUAUGAAUUGACCGCUGAAAAGUUGAAAUACAUUCAAUUACAAGAGCAGUUCAACUCGACUUCUGGUCAGGAAGAAAAUGAGAUCAAGAGGGAAGAAAAUGUCUGAGUAACGCACGUCCUGUGCUACGAUUACUGUAAAGUACACCGCUACAUAUACAUCUGGGAGAGAAAUAAUUAUGCAGUAAAUUGUUUCUGGACAUUCAACUCUUUGGAGAAUGUCUAUUGUUGGCAUAUGUUAAUAGCUCUGUUGUUGAGGCGAAGCCAGCAACCAUUUUUCUCAUUCUCCCAUCGCCAUCUUCAUUUGGUUCUUCAGAGUUCGCAUAAUUCAGGUCAGUUGGAGUUCAUCCCUAAAUACUACGUGGCAAUCAGCUCCAAAAACUCCCAUCUUGUUAUUGUCUGAAUGGCCAAGAGAUGGAAGAAAAAGAUAAAAGAAAAGCCCUUAGAGAGCUUUAUUUGUGAAUCGGGCCUCUUACAUUUAUAUUUAUUAUUUGUUCAUAUGUAAUAAUGAAUUAUUAUUUCAUUUCCAAGGACCCAAAACAAGAAGCUUGCAAAAGCAGGCUGUUCCUUCCUGUUUUUGUGUCAACAUAUAUUCCUAUUGUGUUUUUGAGAUAUCAAAAAGUGGUUGUUUUGUAUAACAAAGUUUAUAAUGUUAGGCCUUAAAAUGGUUCAAAACUAA